UCCAAAAUGGCCGUUUUUCGUGGCUAUCUGCCACCAUUUAACCACCACCUGUCUUCUCCGCCUUCCUCUUCCCUUAUUGUCUUCUCCUUCUCUCCGUUGACCAACUCCAUCUUUUAGUUGCUAUACAGAUUGAAUCCGGAAUAAUGGCAGCAGCGAGCAGUGUAAAAGUAGCCAGAAUGACUCUGGGUUCACAGGGACUUGAAGUGUCUGCGCAGGGAUUGGGAUGCAUGGGCAUGUCAGCAUUUUACGGCCUGCCCAAGCCUGAACCAGAUAUGAUCAAGCUCAUUCACCAUGCCAUUAACUCCGGCAUCACCUUCCUUGACACAUCGGACGCAUAUGGACCUCAUACCAAUGAAAUACUCAUCGGAAAGGCUUUGAAGGAUGGGAUGAGGGAAAAAGUAGAGUUGGCUACAAAGUUUGGGAUUAAACUUUCUGAUGGGAAGAGAGAGAUAUUUGGUGACCCGGCUUAUGUGCGGGCUGCCUGUGAGGCCAGCUUGAAGCGGCUUGAUAUUGAUUGCAUUGAUCUUUAUUACCAACAUCGCAUUGAUACACGAUUGCCCAUCGAAGUCACGAUUGGAGAACUGAAGAAACUGGUGGAAGAAGGUAAAAUAAAAUAUAUUGGGUUAUCAGAGGCCUCGGCUGCAACAAUCAGAAGAGCACAUUCUGUUCAUCCGAUAACUGCAGUGCAGUUGGAGUGGUCUCUGUGGUCUAGAGAUGUGGAGGCAGAGAUAAUUCCUACUUGCAGAGAACUUGGCAUCGGAAUAGUAGCAUACAGUCCUCUUGGACGGGGAUUCUUCUCCUAUGGCCCAAAAUUGGUUGAAACUUUCAAUGAAGCAGACUUCCGCCAGUAUCUACCGAGAUUCCAACCCGAAAAUCUGGAGCACAACAAGAGCUUGUUUGAGAGAGUCAAUGAUAUGGCAAGUAGAAAGGGAUGCACCCCUUCACAGCUAGCUUUGGCUUGGGUCCAUCAUCAAGGAGCCGAUGUGUGUCCCAUACCUGGUACCACGAAAAUCGAGAAUUUGGAGCAGAACAUUGGGGCGUUGUCUGUAAAACUGACCAAAGAAGAAAUGACAGAGCUCGAAUGUAUUGCUUCUGCUGAUGGAGUCAAGGGUGAGAGAUAUGGAUCUGGUUUAAGCACAUGGGAAAAUUCAGACACUCCUCCUUUGUCAACUUGGAAAGCUGCAGCAUGAAAACACAUUUUCUCUGGGUGCUAAUAUUACAAGCUCUAUACUUGCUCUUUUUACUACUAAAGUCGAGAGAUUGAAAUAAAGCCGACAUUAAAUGUUGUUGGCACACAGUUUGUUACUAGUAUUGUGCGACCUUGUCGUUUUGUGAUCUACCAGACCUGUAUUGGGAUAUGUAUUUGGUUGUUAUGGCAUUUCGCGUGAAUAAGGAUACAAACAUGUCUGUUAUGUUAUUACGAGCUGUUGAUUUCUGAGUGCUUUGAUGUUUGAACCUUA